AUGCUGCACUCGACCUUUUGGCACCACGGUGCGAGCGACCUGAGUCUGCCACUAUGGUGGGCCAUCAAUCCGGCAUCCACGGGCGCUGAGCAGCCGGCGCCGAGCAGCGACGGGCCGCCGCUGGACUUUCUGUAUCCCGACAAAACUCUGGCGCUGCUGCGGACGCUCUCUGUGCGGAGUGACGGUGCUCCGGACGGCAGACGACUGCAACUGCAGCGGCAGCCAGUUCGGAGCUAUGCUACGGCCCGACGUCUGGAUUCGCAAGGCGCUGCUGCAGAGCUGGACGGGCAAGAGGACGGGGUAGACGUUGCAGAGGCAAAGGAAGCGAAGCGGGAGAUGCACGAGCGGCUGAUGGGGUCCUCUGCGCACGACUCUCUGAGCGAGCUGUUGCGCAGACAGGAGCCGGGCAAGCAAGAGCUGGCGUGGCAGCUGUACAACGCCAUUCCUGCCCGAGCCUUGUCCAGCAGACCCCCUGAUCUGAUCCUGUCCCUGCUCGAAUACCUCUCCGCAGACACCGAGCCGGCCAUACCGACCCGCAUCAUACGACUGUUUGAGCAGCUGCCGGGCCAGGCUCGCACAGCAUCGUCGUUUCGAGCCGCCAUAAUCGCCCAAGUCGCCCUUCGACAGCCUGGGCCAGCUCUGCACCUGCACGGUCUUGCGGUCGGAAGCGGGCGCUUUGUCGAGUACGAGGACCACGUGCCCAACGUUGGAACCGACGUCCUUUUGCGACGACUUGUGGCCGAUGAGCAAUGGGACCUGGCCAUCCGCGCCUUCUCGGAAUACGUCUCGGAGACUCGGUUCAGCAUAAACCGCCAGCGGACAACAUACCGCAUCCGGUGGGGCCAAACCACCCUGCCUGAGAUCUGGCACGAAGCCGCCCAACUUCCAGAGAUCAAGGAGCAUGUGCAGUCUCUUCUCGUGUACAUUCGCGAGAACAAGUACGCGCACAUGUUAAAGCCGAAGAAGAAGGAGCUAUUCGUUGCCUUUGUCCAGAGCUUUCUCCCCAACGUUAUGGAUCGAGUCUUGCUGGUGCGGAAGCCGAACGAAGACGACAUCUGGGACUGGUUCACCAAGCUGUUCGAGGACAUGACCUCGCUGGGCAUCCCUCCCGAUGCGAGCUACGACUAUGCUAUAAACACGAUGAUGCAAAUGGACCGUUAUCGCGCAUACACGAACCAGCGAAAGCUCCACCUUGAGCUCUAUCGCAGAUAUCGACAGUGGUACCUCUACGAGCGCGUCGAUGAUCCCAAGUGGAAGACACUGCCGCCCCAGCUGCCCAUGUUGACGGCGGUCAUCACCGCUCACGGGAACCACGACAGUUGGCAUCGUGUCGAAGAUGUAGUGCAAGACGUGCGCACCUUUUAUCCAGACAGACCGCUUACUAUCCCCAUCUUGCAGUCUCUGCUGCUCGUCUACGCUGAGCACGGCGAUGUCGAGAAUGUCGACAAGUAUUUCGCCGAGUUCAAGGACACUUACGAAAUCACCCCCAAGCAGGCCCAGUCUCUGAUAUACGUUCAGGCUCGGCGCGCUGAUGUCCCCGGUGCACUGGCAGCAUUUCGCCGCAUCCGCGAGGAACUCGGCAUCACACCCGACUUGCAGAUGUGGAACACCCUUCUCCUUGCCUACGUUCGUGCGGACGACCUUGAUGGAGCGCUCGAGGCUUUCAACCAUGCCCUGGAUGCUGGCAUGACGCCCGACGUCUACACAUUUGGACCCAUGCUCAACAUGUGCGCCAACAGGGGCGACAUUGAGGCUUUUGAGUCACUCUAUUCGAGAGCAAAGCAGAUGGGCGUUCCAGUAGACACGGACGUCCGCGCUCGAUCCGGUUAUGUGCAGGCGUUCCUCGGCGCCGAUGACAUAGAGGCCGCCGAGGAGAUUGCGCGGGGCAUGCUGCAGCAGUGGAAGGCCGGCAUCCUCGUCGGACAUCCGUUGACUCACACCUGGAACAUCAUGAUCCAGUACUAUGCCCUGAGGGGAGACGUAGCCAACAGCAGAAGGCUGUACCGGGACAUGGUCGACAACAAGAUCCCGCUGGACAACAUCACUUUUGGCAGUCUGAUGCGUGCUCUAGUCGAGAUCAAGCAGACGAACGCAGCGUACAGGAUCCUCAGAAAGACCCUCCCCGUCAACAACAUGCGUGUCGAGGCCAUCCACUACGCGAUCGUCAUGACUGGCUUUCUCAAGGAAGGGCAGUACGACAAGGCGCUGGAGGCGUACGAGCGCAUGGUUGAACGGAAUGUGAACCAGACCAUCAGCUCGCGCCGGGCAGCCAUCAACACCGUUGGCAUGUCCGAGCUGGUCAGGCUGAUGCGCGCGCGGAACAACGACCCUCGUCAGCAGCUCAAGCAUGUUGAGAAACUGCUUCGCGGCAUGCUGACGAGCGGCGACGUUGGGCAAGACAUUGCGCAUCGUCAGCCGAACCACAACCGCCACAUCGAUGCGCAGACCCAGUCGGUCGUCCCAGCUUCCUACUAUGGUCUCCUCAUCACGCUCUACAACGCUCGUGGGGCCUACGCAAUCUGCAAGGAGCUCUUUGCCAAGGCCGAUGCCAGCACGGAGCCGCAAGACUACGAAGCCCCUACGACUUUCCUCACUGCCAUCAUGGAGUCUCACUACCGUGCCAAAGAGUGGGAUGAAGUGCAGAAGUGCUGGGACCUCGUCCGCCAGUCUUCGUCCAAGCUGGUCAAGACCUUCCGGCAGGUCAUGAACCCUGCACCAUCAGGCGACGAUGGCUCAACAUCGCUGACCGACGGCACGGUCAUCCAGCGCUUCGAAGAGUCCAGCAUCGCGCUCAACCGCCGCCAAGUCAUUGUCAAAGCCACGCGCAUCUACAUCCGCUCGCUCAUCAACCGCAACCCCAAGAUGAGCCCGACCCGCGAGCUUCUCGCCAAGGCGCAGCACGCCAUCCGCGACCUGCUCGUCAACGGCUUCGUGAUCGACAACUUCACCUGGAACGAGUUCGUCGUCGCCCUCGCCCAGAACGGACAGGUAGUAUCCGCCUUCACCAUCGCAGAAACAUACCUGAUGCCGCGCUUCCCCGGCUGGCGCAAUCUCGCGCCCUUCUACAUCCGCCACGACCGCAAGGGGUAUCAGUGGAUGGAGCUGCGGCACUACGACAUUAAGAGGAACACGGUGCUGCCGCGGUACAAAACGCUUGUUGUGCUGGCCAAGGCAUUUGCGGUGGUCAAGGAGGACGAGAGGAAUGGCGUGGGGUAUGUGGAGAAGGAGGCGAAGUGGGCGAGGGAGAUUCUCGAGGAACAGGCGCCGAAUGUGUGUCGGGCCGUGGAGACUAUGCCCAGGACAAACGACAAGAUACAGGAGAGGUACCUCGAGGAGGUGCGGAGUUAG